AUGUCUGCUCCUCCAGAUGAAGUUUCUGCGCUCGUUGUCGACAUCGGCGCCUCUUCUGUACGCGUAGGCUACGCUGGGGACGACACACCCAGAGCCGUCAUUCCUACCACAUUUGGGUUCCUGCAUGCACCACCAGAGAGCGACGCCGCGAUGCCAGACGCCUCGGAUGAACCUGAUACAAGCAUACCGUCGAGAAAAAUCGCGAAGAUGUUCAUGGGACAGUUCGGGCCGUCAGUGUGGAGGGAGGGCAUGGAGAUUUCUAAUCCUGUCCAGGAUGGUUUGAUACAUGACUUUGAGGCGACUGCUGCUUUGAUUCGACAUGCUAUCACUCAUGUUAUGCGCUGCAAUCCCUCUGAACACCCAAUAUUGGUCACAGAACCGGCCUGGAACACGCCGGCAAACAGGGAACGCAUGGCGGAGAUUAUGUUUGAAGACUUCAAGGUUCCAGCAUUCUAUAUCGCCAACACAGGCGUUCUCAACGCCUUUGCGGCUGGAAAAGGAUCUGCCCUUGUCAUUGAUGUAGGGAAAUCCAUGGCCAGUGUGACACCCAUUGUAGACGGCUUUGUUCUGCGCAAAGGACUCGCAUAUUCUCCGUUGCCGGGACUGGUCCAAGCAAAUGCUCGACACAUCCUCAGUUCGCCGACACCUCAACGAAGUGCAAUCGAACUGUACCCACACCAAUUGAUCGCAAACAAGAAGCCCGUGGAAGUUGGCGCUCCUCCACAGUACACUCUCCGUCAGGAUCGUCUUCCGGGGACCACACAGACUUGGAAACAUUGGUAUGAGGACCGGGAGGUCGAAGAAUGGCUUCAGAGUGUUGGAGGUGUGGUCGAACAAGGGUGGAACGAUCAGGUUGUUGCCAGUAAACCGGCUCGUCAAUAUGAGUUUCCGACGGGGCAGACUGCCUGGUUCGGAUCAGAACGUUUUACAGUGGGCGAGCAAUUCUUCCACCACUCACCUCACUUGACGGCAACCAAUCCCCACUUACCGAAAACGAUCACGGCGUUGAUCGCCGAUUCUCUCAGGGCAUGCGAUCCCGAGUUGCGCCCGGUGUUGGUUGGCAAUGUGGUUCUCACAGGCGGCGGGAGCCUUUUCUCGGGACUCAGCGAGCGACUUCACAGCGAGCUGGGCCGGUCCUUCCCGCAUGUUAAAAUCCAUGCUCCAGGUAACCCGAUAGAGCGACGCUUCGGUGGCUGGCUCGGUGGUAGUGUGCUAGGCAGUCUGGGCACCUUCCACCAGCUUUGGAUCAGCCAGGAGGAGUGGAAGGAACACGGUAAAGCCAUCGUUGCCCAGCGAUGCAAGUAGAUGACUGCUGCUGUUUUUUCUUGGUGUAUAAUACAUAUGUAUGUAUCUGACGCAAAGCGUUUCAUUACAACAACAAAACUCGUACAUGCUGCUCUGUAUACACUAGAUGUAAACUGAAACAGGCAAGCCACAGGAAGCACUCUGCAAGAAUCGGGCAGACAAGCACAGCUCGCGCGCGGGUCAGCGCAAAACAAACAGUUGCAAAAGCAGACUUCAGCUGAAUGAAUGUAUAGGAUGCCGCGAUGUUAAAUAUUCAAGCAGCAUGUUCUUCAGAACGCCUCCACCACGCUGUCUCGCUUCUCGCGCAAGUUCAUCAGGCCCCCGAUCGCCUGCCGUCGAAUUCGAGCCGCAAAGUUCUUCGGACCCAGUUCAUCCGCACCCGAUGGAGGCCCUCGCGGCUGGCGAACAGGUUGACUCCCCAUUUUCGACAGCGGAGCGGUCAUCGGCGGCUGUUCGAUCACAACCGUCGGAACUGGAGCAGAACGUUCGAUCCCCAGCCCCUCAUAUAGUUUCCGGCUUGCCUCCUCUCGGGGUGAGAGAGGGAUCC